GUUUUAUUUACCUGAUCAUUGUAGAAGAUGCAAAGUGUCAAUGAAAAGUACAAACUGGGCCUUUAUUUUUCUGUGUUUUCAGCAUCUCUAGGUGGAUUCUGCUCUGGCACGAUUCUAGGUUGGUCCUCGGCUGUGCCUUACAUACCUACUUCAAACACUAAACUCAUCGAAAAUCAUCUACCAUUAGCAGCUUCUAUGGCGCCUCUAGGAGCUCUAGUUUUUGCUCUACCUGCCAAAAAACUAGCCGACUCUAUUGGACGUACCCCCACAAUGUUAUUCGCCAUGGUACUUUUCCUGCUCAGCUGGAUAAUGCUGGCUUUCGGACCUUAUAAGGAAGUGCUGAUUGCUGGAAGAUUUAUUGGAGGGAUGGCUAUGGGUGCAAGUUGGCUUGUGUCACAAGUUUACAUCAUGGAAAUAUCCAGCGAUGGGUUUUUGGUUUUGUUUAAGGUUUUUGUGUCUUUAGGGCUGUUAUUUGUGAAUUGUUUGCAACUAUUCACUGGUUGGCAAGAGUAUCAUUUAUUACCAGGGCUGUUUCCAUUAUUAUUUGCUUUGUGUUUUUUGAAUUUGCCUGAAAGUCCUUUGUAUUAUUCAAAAAAAGGUAAAACCAAUAAAGCAAUCAAUAUCUGCGCAUUUUGUGCAGGUGCCUCAUUCGCCUGGACAUCGCCAGCCUUAGAAUUUCUUACAGAAACCAAUAAUACAUCUCCAGGAUUCACUAUAACUACAACACAAGAAGCCACCGUAGGAGCAAUUCUAAUGUUCGGAGGCCUCCUAUUUGCCUUGCCCUCGGAAAAGUGCGCCAAUUGCAUUGGGCGAAAAUGGACCCUAGUUUUAAUAGCUUUACUGUUUCUUAUUAGUUUUAGUUUGAUAACGUUGGCUGUUAAUUUUACUAUGUUGGUUAUUGCCAGGUUUUUAGCUGGAGUGGGGCUUGGAGGCAUUUGCGUGCUGGUUCCAAUGUACAUUGGAGAAAUGGCAGAAGAAUCUGUUAGUGGUAUAUUAGGCUCAUUGUUUAAUGCCUUUCUACAAUUAGGCGUGGUUUACGUUAACGUAAUCGGAAUUUUUGCUGAUUGGCUAUGGUUAUCGAUUGCUUUAGUAAUACCAUCAGCUCUAUCAGUUCUUAUAUUAAUCCCUUUACCAGAUACUGCAACGUAUUUUAUUGCCAAAAACAAAACUCAUAAGGCAAAGAGAUCUGUAAUUUUUUACAGAGGCAAUAAUGAAAAAGUUGUAAAUGAAGAGUUGGAUUAUUUGCAAAAGAUGCACAGCGAACAUGAAGAUGGUGGUACCAUUAAGGACCUCCUUACCAAAAAGUGUUACAGAAAAUCAUUAAUAGCUGGAUCAGGGGUGUUCGUUUAUCAGCAAUUUUGCGGCAUCAACGUGAUACUGUUCUAUUUAGUACCAAUAUUCAAAGCAGCCGGUACUACCAUGGAACCGAUAAUAGCAGCUUCAAUAACCAGCAUAAUUUCAUUUGGGAAUAAAAUGGAAAAAAACGAGAACGAAGUUAAAGUUCCAAUGUUGAAUGAAGCUAUUGAGAAAGGCAAGCAGAAAAAUACUAAACAGUAUUUGGCAGCUUUAACAGUAUCAAUCGGUGCCUUCUCAAUAGGUACAAUCCUGUCGUGGACUUCUGUAGCUCUAACCCAAUUAACAAACCCAAAUAAUGGUUUUCCUAACUUUACUAUUACUGAAAACCAAGAAGCUUGGAUCGGAGCAAUUCUAACUAUAGCCGCUCUAACAUCAGCUAUACCUAGUGGACUAUUAGCUGACAAAAUUGGCAGAAGAAAAACUCUAUUGAUAUUAUCAAUCCCGUUGCUGAUUAAUUGGUUGUUGGUUGCUCGUGCGUCGAGUGUGGAAAUUUUACUUUGCGCCCGAUUACUAUCGGGUUUAGCGAUAGGGGGUUUUUGCGUGGUUGCUCCGAUGUAUAUUUCGGAAAUAGCUGACAACAAUUGCAGGGGUACAUUUGGUUCAUUUUUUCAAACCUUCUUAUGUUGCGGUAUAUUGUUUACUUGCAUUCUUGGUACAAUUUGCAAUUGGACAAAUUUAUCGAUAAUCAAUACAAUUAUGCCAGUGGUAUUUUUUGGGUUAUUUUAUCAAAUGCCUGAAACACCUUUGUAUCUUUUAAAAGACAAUAAACUAUGGCAGGCAGAAAAUACUUUGAAACAAUUAAGGAAUAAUAAUUGUGAAAAUAUUAAAAAUGAAUUAAGUUUGAUGCAAAAUGAAUUGGAACAAAGCAAAAAUAGGUCAGUAAAUUUCAAAAGCAUUUUUACAAAUAGGGCAUACUUUAGAGCUAUGACUUCUAUUGUAGGUGUAAUGGCUUUUCAACAAUUCACCGGAAUAAACGCAAUAAUUUUCUAUACUGUCCCUAUUUUUGAAGCAGCUAAAAGCAGCCUAUCACCCAACAUUGCAGCAAUUUUAAUCAACCUAGUACAAGUCCUCAUUAGCUAUUUUUCAACAUUUAUCAUUGAAAAAGCUGACAGGAAAUUUUAUUUAACUCUUUCAGCUGUUGGCAUGUUUCUGUGCCUGUCUUCUUUGGGCAUAUUUUUCCAUUUCAAGUCAAUCCAAGUGGAAAUUCCAAAUGUAAUCAAUCUAGUACCAAUUGGUGCUAUUGUAUUGUACAUGGCAUCGUUUUCAAUAGGUUUCGGUCCAAUUCCUUGGAUGUUGAUGGGUGAAUUGCCAGCACCAGAAAUUAAAAGCAUCGUUAGUGGAGUUGGAAUAAUUGUCAAUUGGUUUUCUGCCUUUUUGGUUACAUUCUUUUUUCCUUUGUUGAACGUGCAAAUCGGAAUUCACAAUAGUUUCUAUAUUUUAGCUGCUUUGGUAGGAAUGUCCGUUGGGUUCUUACAUUUAGUGGUACCAGAAACAAGAGGGAUAAGCUUGGUGGACAUCCAAAAAGAAUUGAGCAAGUGA